GCUUCAAAAGGCCGCAGCCACAAAACCAUAGAAGACGGCUUGCCUUAAAGACAUUUGGUAGCGAUGUAGCUACGGCGACCAACUUAGCAACUGCACUUUUUAUCUGAAAAGCAACACGUUAUAAAAAAGAGGCAUAGUGCCAAGUAGUGUGGUGAUACGCAAUUACCUAACGUUGAAUGUUAAUUCCUAUUUCAUAGUUUCCCACACAUGGUUCUAUCGCUUUGCGGCCACGCAGCUUGAAUAAAUUUUUAUCCCUGUAUUUCGUUUAGCAUGUAGUUUGAAAAAACCUCCGGCGUGCCCGAAUAAAUUUAGCGCUGCUAGAGUAAGCCAUUCUUUUCUGCGUACCGCAAUAGUCAAAACUAAAUGAAAACCUCAGGUGUUCAUACAGAUUUAAAUACCUAUGAAACCGGUGCACGCUAUUUGGUAGUGAUGCGGUCAUAGAAACGUGUUCCAUAUGCUAAAUCUUGAAGAGACACAUUUCUCUUUAUCCUUCUCUCAUGUACGCAUAAAGUGGCGUGCAUAAUAAGGAUAUAAGUGCGCUGAAAAAUGUUAUCAGCAAAACCAUACGCGAAUGCAAGAAAGCCCUGAUUAACCAUGAACACACACACUUUUUGUCUCGGGUCACAGAUGAGGGCGAGGUCAGAGCGCAGCCUCGUACUUAAGGAGCUGAACUCGGUUCGGCAUGAGUUGUCCAUAGACACGCUGCCACCACGGUCCAGAAGCGAUCCUUCCAGAAAUCCAAGAGGAUGCAGUGAUCCGCGACCCGGCAGCGAUACGCGUCCAGGCAGUGACCCCACCAGGAAUCAGCAACGGCAGCAACAACCGCAGCAACAUCACCUCUUGAGCGUACCAGUCAUCUACAGACCAAAGAAGAAGACGCGGCCGGUCAGAGACUUCCAGGUGCCGCUGCGCGGCUGCUUGCCGCCCGAAGCGGGCUCCAACCACCACCACACCAGGACAACGCUCACCACGAGCAUCAGCCCGGUGGAGAACACGCGGACAUUGCUCGUACCCGUCGCGAGCCCUGUUUAGCUACACUUUAGUGACCGCAUUGAAGCUUGCCACACGUCAAUGCCAGUGUCUCAGCAAGCAUAUCCCGGAUGGGAUGCCUUGUUAUCAAUAGGGUGAGAAAUCGUCAAUCAAGGAACGUCGAUGGAGUCAAGGUUUCCUUAUCGGCACUUCAGAAAACACAUCAGGGCACGUCAUAGGGCCUCGUCUUCGCCCUGACGAACGCAAGCUCUCUCGUCGAAAUGACGUUCCUCUUGCGA